AUGCUAUCAUCGAUUUAUAAUAGGAUAUGGAGAGCUGCUGCUGGUCACACACUCCGGACAAGGUUUGUCACUGAGCUCAAACUUCUAUUAUUUUAUUUUUCAAGUGAUCUUUUUCCAGUUUUUGUCUUCCCAAUGUCAUCAGUGAUCUGCUUGAAUUGUCAAAAUUUCAACAAGACAGUACGAUGUCAAGGCUAGUAAAUAGUAAGACAAAAUAAACAGUCCUGUUAAUAAUGACAGGGACUGCUACAAAGAUGUAAACUUGGUUGACAAAAGGAAGAAGGUUUCAUGCCCUUCAGAAGAUGAUUAAAGGACAAUUUUAUUAACUCUUAAACAACAAAACUCUGAAAUAUUUUCCUUCAUUUUCAUUUUGCAGGUAUGAAACUGUUUAACAGAUGUUUGAGCCUAAGUUUCUUAUUAUAUGACACAAUGCAUGUUUGAGGUUUUGAGUCCAUGUUGUGUCUUGCUCUUUAUUUAUCUCUACUAGAGGACAUUGGCCCUGCAGAUUCCUGUCCACCUUUGAUGGACUCCCAGCUGGCCUGGCUGAUGCUGAGACCAUCUUUGCUUUAUCUUCAGGCCAUGGGAGGUGUGGGGUGGCAGUGGUACGAGUUAGUGGUCCAGCCUCUGCUAUAGCUCUGAGAUCGAUGGCAGGGCUUGCAGCCAGCCUUCCCCCUCCACGAACGGCCCUGUUACGCAGCAUCACAGACCCCGUGUCCAAGGAAGUGUUGGACCGUGGACUUGUCCUCUGGUUCCCAGGUCUGCUUCUUUGGAUAUGUGAUGUCUUUUAUUGUGUUUUUUUUUACUGCUUUGACUUAAAGUGAAUGGCUUUGGUUUGUACUGGAAGUGUCUCAUUAUAGUAUUUUUAGAAUAAUAAGAUGGUUAAAGUAACUGGGUUGCUGAAUAUUGUAAAGUCUAAAUCUGUAAGUGCAAGGUCUUAGACUGUUUUCAGUGACAGAAAUUAGUAGAUGAUCUGUUUAAACCUCACUAAUAUAAAGAGCUUUGUGUGCAUGUGAAGUUUUCUUGGUAGCAUCCAGCUGAAAUAGGCUUUAUGAAGGUAUCCUUUGUAAUUAUGGGCUCAGGUCCUGGUUUAGCUCAGCAUUUAAAACACACAGUCUUCAACUUUAGCAGCAUGUCAUCCCCGAGCCCCUGCACUCCCCAUUUACGUCUCUGUUCAGCUGUUUAACCUAAUAAAGAGAAAGUACCCAAAAACUCACUUUUGAAGGAGUGCACCCCGGUCACACAGUAUCAAGAUAACUAAAAGGUUCUGAAGCCUUGUUGUUUCCUCUCAUAUGUUCUCCCUCAGCUCCUCACAGUUUCACAGGAGAGGACAGUGUGGAGUUCCACAUCCAUGGCGGCCCAGCUGUCAUCACUGCAGUCUUACAGGCUUUAGGUAACAUGCAGAUAUCAUUUAAAGUAUGGUGCAAUGUUGUGUACCUUGAUCUGAGGCAGUAUAACACACUUGUGUUUACAUAUCAUGUGAAACUGCGUUAUUUAUGGAGUGUCACUUGGGUCUUCAGCACCAUGACUAAGCUGUAAGCCUGCACAGUAACUGGUACGGUCAUGUUGCUGUCCAUCACUUUUACUUUAGAAGGAAAACUGAUGCAUUGCGUUCCCAUUUCAUAGAUACUUAAAAAAUGUGCUGUGACAGCCAUGACAAUUCCACAGUGACUGUCAAGUUAAAUGUCACUGCAGUUCUCCAACUGGCCUAGCAGGGGGCAGUGUUGUAUAAAUUAGAUGUUGUUAAAAGCCAGAUGACCACUAAUUAUGGACUGAAUUGGAAAAUAAUCAGGGUUUUCUUUAAUAAAAUUGGCAGAGUAAUUAUUAUUUUAAAAGAAUAACAGUCGGUAGACAUUAAUGAGAUGGUAAACAUGAAAGUAAUAAACAAAAUUUAGCGACUGUAAACUAACCCUGACCUUUAAUUAUGAAAUGGUUUAGUGCUCCUGUCAUCCUCACCUAAUGAGAUUUGAAAAAUGGUCGUGAAAACAAUGAAAACAUCACCUCUGUAACCUGCUAAUCUGUUUUCAUUCUUGUGAACCCUGAGUGACUUUUUCACACCCUGUUUGAUCCUCCUCUGCUUGUGUGUGUGUGUUUGUUGGGUGCGUGAUGCAUGCCCACUACGUGCGUCGUGCAUGUCUCCUUGUUUGUACGCUCGGUGUGUGUUUUUGUGUGUGUGCCUCUCUCAGGAAGCGUGCCUGGCAUGAGGCCUGCCGAAGCCGGAGAGUUCACGCGGAGAGCCUUUCAAGCAGGGAAGCUGGGUUUAACAGAGGUGGGUCACGAAAAGCACACAGAAACCCACUGAGGCUGAUCUUUGCAGAAUUUCACGUCAAGGGCUUCUCACAGUAAUUUUGCGGGGUUGAUGUGGAAUAAACAGGGUCAGCACUUUUAGAGUCAAAAAUAUUUCUUUCCCUUUUAACAUAUCUUGCCCUUUGAACACCACUCUAGUUAGAGUGUCAGACAUUUAUGCAAGAAUGAAGCUUCUGGGCUUCUGUUCAUGGGGAGUUAUUGUAAAAGCAGCCAAGUGUGCAGCCUCAGGCUUGAGCAAAACUCUGUGCUGAGUAUGUUCUUACAACAUAUUAAGAGUAAAUUUAAGCAGCAGUAUACACCAUGCUGAUUUAUUUUAAUAAUGAGCAAUGAAAAUGUGUUUCUAAUUACAGGAUGAAAGAAACAAAAUGCCUCUUAAAGUAGCAAAUAUGAUCCCUUUGAAAAAGAUCAAAUCUUAUAUUACUGUAAUCAGCUCUUUUACACAAAAAGUGUUUGAAAGAAAAAAGAAGUGAAAAUUAUGAUAAAAUAUGCCUAAAAAUCACGUUUUUAAAUGCUUCUUAAAGGUGGAGGGGCUCGGGGAUCUGAUCCACGCUGAGACGGAGGCUCAGAGGAGACAAGCGCUCAGACAGAUGUCAGGAGAGCUAGGUCGUCUUUAUCAGGACUGGAGCAACAGACUCAAACAGGUACACCCGCCUGUAGUCAAUGUAUCAAUGAUGUUCACAUGUUCCAUCAUUUAGGAUAAAAAGAGAUGCCUCUGUUAAUUCCAUCAAGUCUGGAGCUCCGGCUGGGGGUGUGUAAACAGAUCUUAAAACGCUCUUUUCCUGCAAAUUUUACAUCAUUGCAAAAAAACUCAAAUACUUGAAUCACAUUUCCUGGCAUUGUUCACAUAAAUUUGAAUUACUCUUUUCAAAUUUACCGUCUCUUUGCACAGGGGAGUGUAUCAAGCAAGUAAAUCAAGGCUAUACAGUAAAGCAUUGAUAACCAUAAUCUAAAAUGCAAUGCCUUCCCUCAGAUGAGUGUUUAAUAUAUUUAAAAAUCAAUAACAAGUGCACAUAAAACAGCACAAAAACAACAUUACCAUAUAAAAAUGUAUGUGCUAUAUCAAUAUUCCCGUUUUACAAAUGAACCAGACUAGAUUGAUGUUGUUUUCUCCUGAUCAUCUGUUUCUGUACAAAAAGGACAUCAGUGAAAAAAAAAACAUUGCUCCUGGAUUGUGAGUAAGCUUGACAGCACAAAACACGGACCCAAUUCUCCCAGGAGAGACCCUGUCUAUGUUCAUGUCGACAUUUCCCUGAAAGCAGUGUUGUGAAACAGCCUGUCUGUACUGUGCUGCAGGUCAGACCUCGGCACUCUCGCACCUGAACUGUGUUUUCAGUCUUCUGUCUCUGCAGCUGCUUUACAACACGGGUUCUGAUGGGUUAACGUGUGGAAAUAUGAGGCUUCCUGUUUUCAUGUUGGUGUCGUACAGGUGUUUCUUUUCAUCACUGAGGAUCAAAAUAUUUAUCAUCAUAGUGUGUGAAAAUAUUCAUCUGACUUUAUCAACAGGGCUGGGGAAAUAACACAAGAUAAAACAGGAGGAUGGAAAUGAAACAUAACAAGGAAACUUAACUUCACAGAAAAGAAACCCACUUUGAAGUAAAUUUAACAUGUUUCUAAAUUAUGUUUUGAGGUGCAUCAGUCAAUGGGUUAUGUCAUUUUUUAAUGUGAAUUUCUUUACUUUAAACCAAUCUCAAGGUUAAGAUUAGUUUGAGUUUUAUGAUAACUGAUAAUGCAAAUCUCCAUAAAGUAAAGUUUAGGAUAUUUUCCAUCAGAUUAGAGUUUUUCCAUUAAUAUAAAAUUGAAUUCUCAGAGCUGUAGUUACAUGAUCAAGUUUUCUGAUUUGUUAAUAAAGUUCAUCACCUCGAUACACUCUGUGACUCUGAGAAAGCCGGGAAUGGAUCUUCUGUUCAGUCCGGUUCUGUCAGUGCCCCUGAGCUGAAUUGAUGCUGCUGACUGAGACUUUAAACCCUUAAUUUUGACUUCUAAUAAAAACUGCUCAAAGGCACUCAAGGAAACAAGCCAUUUUGGAAAGACACCACCUGUCUUUGAGCUGUCUUUCCAUGUUCAUUUACAUGAAAAACCGUUAUGAAGUUCUUUCCAUCACAGAACAUCUGGCUUUAUAUUAUGCUGGGUGGGUUAACCAUGAAUCAUACAAACAGCUGCUCUAAGUGUUUAUUGUGUGCCUGUCACCAAGGACAGCCACACAAUAAAGACACUGAUGGAUUCGGUGCAGCAGUAUUGUUUUUCUUAUCUGUGUAGUAUCCUGUGCUAUACACUGUAUGUAUAAAUAAGUGUCAGAGAGUCGGGUCAGUCUUUAAGUUCAGAUGAAUUACAUUGAAGGAAGAGAGGAACAAUAAGGUGUAGCACGCAGGAAAUGCUGAAUUGCAGGAUUUAUUUUUUUCCAUUUCUGCCUGAAUUUGGUGGCAGAUUGUGUUAAAGCAAAAGGAAACGAAGGAAGGAGGAGAAGUGUGUGGCAUGCCUGAGAGAAACAAAGUGAUGACAAAUCUAUAAACAAAAUUGAAUCAUGAUUUUGAAAUAGUAACUUGUGACCGUUCUAUCUUGAGCCAAAGGUUUAGAAAUAUCAGGAAAAAACAGUAACGCUUGAAUCGUAUAUUUAACUCUGACAUUUGUUCAGGUUUAUCACAACAGCAGGUCAUUUACUAAUGAACACUUCACUUACUGGGUGAAGACCAAAAACCAUCAGCGCUGUGAACUCUGUUGGAAAAAAGUACUUAAGUGGUCUUUCAGAUCUUUGGCUCCAGAUCCGACUGCUCGGUCCAGGAGAUCUCCCUUGAGAAAGCCAGUCAAGGUGCCUGUCCGCAGCUUCCCAGGACAGUUCCUAGAAUCCAUCCACACAAGCGUUUCUGCUGAACUCUGAUUUCUUUGAAUCCAGGAUAUCAGAAGUAUAUGAUCUGUAUCGUGUAAGGGGUCAAACCUUCCUUCACACACCGAAACAAUGCAGUUUUUAACAGUUGGCUUCCCACUUUAGUGAAUGGAUUUCAGUAUGGGAAUCUUAAGCUUCCUGUUGUUGUUGCUGUGUAGUCUUAUAUCUGGUGUUUUUGUCAUCGGAUGUCAAUAUGGGUGUGAUGGGAAGACUCGAUAGUUUUUCUCCUUAAUGCACAAGAUCUAAAUAAAUCUCUGAAGUGUUGCAAAAAACUUUGAUUCACGAUCACACCUGGAAAAUAAGUGGAGUUAGUGGUAUACGUUUUAAAGUUAACUCUAUAAUGAUCAUAUGUUGUAGACAUGAGUCUAUAAUCUAAAUCUGUCUGUAUCAGUAAUAAAAAGAACAAUUAAAAGUCUGAGAAGACAUAGUUAAAAAGGCAUGAAAUAAAUAAAACAAGGUUUAAACAGAGUGAGACAGCUUUAGAAAACAACUAUAAAAGUUAGAAGGUCAGACCUAAAGUGCUUUGUGUGCUGUGGGCAAGAUUUAGACCAGGUGAGUUCUGUGCCAGAAAGUCAAGCCCAGUCCUCCAGUCAGUCCAGCAGUAAAUCAUGGUCAGCUGUCAAAUGCAGCUCUGAGAUCCAGCUGCACUAAGACUGAAAUUCUACCACCGUUCUCAGCCAAAUGUGACCGAAAACCUGAUUGGAAAGUUUAUUGGAAAUCAUCUUUAACUGUUCAAAAAGUGCUUUUUCAAUUAUCUUAAAAAUGAUAGAUUGGAUAUAGGCCUAUAGUUGUUCAUGAGGGUUUUUUCUCCAGGCUUUCUGAGUGGUUUUGGACAGAAUCAAAAUUUAACUCAAAGCCUUUCGAAUGAUUCAACCCUGUAAGUUUCUCCUCACUCAUUUAUUGUGUGCUGAUUGCUCACCUUUUUUAAAUUUAACUAGACAGUAAAAAAACAAACAUUAUACAGCUCAACAGAGACAGAGAUGAACAAAAGGCACAGUUAUCAAACACUGCAUACUUUGAGUCAUUUAGUGCGUAUACAUCAAAAGUAGUCUUCAUAGUUUGGAGCAUACCUCACAUAGACCAUAAAGUGGUAGACGUAUUUACCUGUUUAAAGGUGGUCUCCUUUUUUGUGAAAUCUGCUGUUUCAGUGUGUUUCAGACUGGUCAGGAUGUCUGAUGGAAAAUGCUGCUCUGUCAUGUUGUGUAAGAGCCCUGCAGGACAUCCACUAUAUUCUUUCUUGCAAGAAUUACCAGUAUGUUCAACAAUUUUCUGUGUGGACACUAGGGGUGGGGAAAAAAUGAAUUCACAUAAGCAUCAUGAUUUUUUGUUUUACAAUUUUUAAAUCGAUUUGUAUGUUCAAAAAUUUUUUCAAAUUUAAGAAUAAAUCUUAUAUAAAAAAUAAAUCUAAUAAAAACUGACUUAUAUGUAAUGUGUAUUUUGGGGGGAAAAAUGGUUCCUGGAAUAGUCGGUAGACAAUCAUAAUCAUUCAACUUUUUCACUGGUAAAAAUGCAGACUAAAAAUCGAGAAAAUCAACAAUAUCGUAGAAUCGCAAUUCAAAUCAAAUCGGCAUCCAAAAAAUCGUAGAAGAAUCGAAUUUGGAGAAAAGCAUAUCGUCCCAGCUCCAGUGGACACGGGGUACAAUGUAAGCUUAGUUCUCAACAGUUUCUGGACCUCAUAGAGUUUUUAUUCUGCCUUUUGAGCAUCAAGAGGAGCUGUGGGCUCAGAUUUUUACAGGUUGUCAAAUGUAACUCUCAUUUUUAUUUAAUUAAUCAUGUCUUUCUGUCUCUCCUGUGUCGCUUUGUGUCUCACAGAGUUUGGCUCAUUUUGAGGCCUUCAUAGACUUCAGUGAAGAUGAGCUCAUUGAGGACGGGGUCUUAGACCAAGGUAUGUAUACACUCUGUUCUCUGUGUGGGGAAAAAACAAGGGAGCAGUCGUCCCCUGGGUUCUGAGAGGGAGAUGAAGGGGGUCACGUAGGGUUCGGUUUCUCUCCGAAGAGAGAGAGAGGGGGUCCAGCUGGCUUUCCUGUUUGGAUCUUCAGCUGUCCAUCGUGCAUCUCUGUAGGGAGAAGUCGUGGACAUGGAACUGCUCUAAAGACAAUUUCCUUUAGGAAGUGUGGACAGAAGGCCAGAGGGACGGUGGAGGCAUUCGUCUUACCUUCAAAGCCAACCUGACACGUCGCUCACAAGAAUAGUGCUGUCAGCAGCAGUGUACAGUCCAACUGUGUGUGUGAGGGAGAUUGUGAGAGUGUGUGUGUGUGUGUGUGUGUAAGGGAUGUACCCCCUGAGACUGUCGCCUACUGUCUGGCUCUCCUGAAGCCUCAGAUGUUCUGAAGUUUGGACACAAAAAGCCUGGGAGCUUUUGUUUAUGCUCGUGGCACGAAAUGAGGGGCUCACACCCCGAAGAGGAGGAGAAUAAUCGGCUGCUUUCUAAAAUUAGAAAAUCGUCCUUUAAGUAGUUCACUAUUUAGAAUAAUUAUUUACUUUCAAGUCAUAUCUGACGCUGUCUUAUGUUACCCAAAGUUGAAUUAUUUGUUAUGCAGUCAGGAUUCUCACGAAAACGAAGGAUGUAUCCCUUUUUAAGAGAAAUAACGUGCCUUUGAUGAACUAAAUUGCCAAAAGCGUUUUUCCGUUUUAGUCACAUGCGGAAAGUAACAAAUCUGUGACCCAUUUUUUGGUCUAGACGGAGGUUGUCAGUCAUCACAGGGUCGGCUUUUUCCCUUCAAAAGGACGUAAUAUACACAUUUUUUUACAAGGCCAUGAAAGUGAAGUUUAACAAGAAACCUCCGUCACAUCCUGUUCCUUUUUCUGUCUUUAUCUCUUUCUCGACACCCCCCACCCCCACACCCCUCCACAGUGGACAGAUCAGUGUGUGAUCUGCAGGCAGAGAUAGAGCGACACCUGAAGGAUGAAAGAAGGGGCGAGCGGUUACGUAGCGGAGUCCAGGUGGUGAUCGCGGGAGCCACCAAUACACACACACACACACACACACACACACACACACACACACACACAAACAAACAAAUCUUGCAGGGAUUAAGAUUAAAAUAUGACGUACUAUCUCCUAAAUACAGACCUUGAUACGGCUGUCAGCCACAGUUAGGGGAAGAAGAAGAAGAAUCUUUCUAAGUUGAAGCACCAUGGACCCACCAAGUUUAGAGAAAUGUGACUUACUCAUUAGAAUGCAAAUGCCAUCUGCAUGGAGAGAAAGUGAGAAAAAUUCGGUUUCUGGACUAGACAGGAUUCUGUGAACAAGCAGCAGUCUGAUUCUAAUCAAAGAAUUAUGAAUCAAACCUGAAGGGUUCACGUUAAAAUCCGAAGAAACAUUUAAGACUUGUUAUUUUUCUUUAGAGUUAUUUCUUCUGUAUAAAUAUAAAUAUAUAUGAAUAUCUAAUCAAUGUUGAAAAUAUGAAAUUGUGGCAUUCAGAUUUCUCCGUCCGUCUGUCAUGUUUCCAAGUUUGGUGCCGUCCCGGUGGAACUCUAUUGUUGAUUAUAUGGAGGGGUCUGUUUGUUUAACUUGUUCUGUUCUUAAAAUGUUUAAAAUAACUUAACGUAAACUUUACCCAAAGAAACUCGGCAGGGCUUCCGCACAGCUUCCCAUCAAAAUAAUAGACGUAUUUAUCAAACUAGAGAUUAGAUCUUGUUAUCAUUUCCUGUUCUCCCCUGACGCCUGCGCUCACACCAAGUUUGACAGACAAGUCAUAAUGAGCUCGCAGCCUCGUGUCCCGUGUGACGACAGGCAGGGUUUGCACCACGUCUGAAAAUACCAUAGAACAUUUGCAAUAAACACAUCACAAACUGUUGAAGUUAUUCCUGUGAAUAAGACAAAAUACUCUCUGCAAACAAUCCCUAUAGUCUCACUUUUCAUACAUUAAUUUUACCUACUUGAUCAUUUUGAUGUCUGAAAAUACCAUAGUAGACACUUUUAACAAAUUUAAGAGACAUCAUGAUUUAUCCUGAUAUUAUUAAAAGGAAACAUAAACAACAGAUGGACAAACACUGGUGUGUUAUAGAAAAUCUGCACUGAUUAAUAUCUGUUUUCUCAUACAUUAUCAUUAACUUAAACAAGAUUACAGGCACAUAGCUUAAUUGACUCAUAUUGUGCAGCUGAUGUGUCAGACAGUUGAAAUCAGUAGUACCUUUAUUUUCAUGUAAAUGAGUGAAAGUAAAUGUAAACUAACCGUGAUGUAGUUUAAACUUAAUGACCACCUUUUAGCUCUGUGUUCUCAAUUUAAAAUCUCAAUAUCCUUCUUUAGAAGACACACACAUUAUAAAUAUAUUUAUAAUGUGGUAUAAUCACGUUAUAGCACUGUAUAGUUAUCAACACUCAAAUGAUCGUAAUACUUUAUGGCAAUAAUCCUACUCACUUUAUAAAGCAUUUUAUCAUGACUUAGAAGGUCAGGUAUUAUUAUGUGUUAUAACUGUUAACAACUGACUGACAAUGCACACAUAGAUAAUGCAUUGCAACUGUUGUUAACGGUUAUAACACAUUAUAAUACCUGACCUUGUAAGUCAUGAUAAAAUGCUAUAUAAUGUGUUGUGAUUAUUGCUAUUAUUAUCAUAAUAACUAUAAUUAUACAGUGCUAUAACGUGAUAAUAAUGCAUUAUAAAUAUAUUUAUAAUGGGUUAAAGAGAGAGGUGUCAAAUAAAGAGUUACCUAUAUUUUUCCUAACACUUUAUUUAUUUUUAGCUAUAUGUGUUACUGUAAUCAGUUCUGUUGCAUCACAGCAAAAAUGAUUCCUGGUCCGAUUCCCAGCUGGGGCUGUUUUCUGUGUGGAGCUUGUACAUUCAUGCCUGGGUUCCUUCUGGAUCCCCUCAGGUUAAUUGGCAGUUUACUCCUGUAGUCACGGGUUUUCUUUGAUCCUCUGUAUCUGUGUUAGUCCAGUGUUCACUCUGCCUUUUGUCGCAUGGCAGCCGAAGUAGGUUCCUGCCCCGCUGUGACCUGAACUAGAUAGGCAGUGGAUGGAUGGAGAGGUGGUUUGAGGAUCAUUUUCUUUGCUUAUUACACUAGCUCAGCAAUAUUCAUUGAGCCAAUAAAGCUACAGGAGAAGAGGAAAACAAAGUACUUUUCUCAUUCAUCAAGGCUUUGUUUAUACCAGAGGCACCAUUAAGAGGCAGCUAUCAGUUACAAUGACAUGGAGUAAAUUAGAAAAACACCGAGAUAAUUAAGCAAUUAAUCUUAAGAGCAGUGAAAGUGCAGCUGAAAUGAUGCACUCUUUACUGCUGUUGUAGACAUGUUUGCAUAAAAAUACAGUGCUACAGUUACUGCUGUAAGUUCAGCACUUUUUAUAUAACAAAUAGUGUUUGUGUAUCCAGUGGUCUGUAGGCUGAGGACAGUGUAAAAGUGUCAAAAGUUUGGGAGAGAUUCAGAAGUGUUUUUUUAAAUCCUCAGGUUUGAUUACCGUGAUUUUAGUAAUAAAAAAAAAACAAAAACAGCUGGUUUUCAUACAAAUUUAUUUCCAGGCCAGAGACCUGCAGCCAUUGUGUCUCCCAUCCCCGGCACCACCAGGGACAUAGUAGAGACAGCGCUUGACAUCGGUGGAUUCCCUGUCCUCCUGAGUGACACAGCCGGCCUCAGAGACAGCCCAGACCUGGUGGAGAGGGAGGGGGUCCGCCGCGCUCGGGAGAGGUAAGGAGAGGAAACUCUUUAUUAUAAAUAAUCAAAGAAAUAAAAAGUUUUUUUUUUUUCUUUAAGAGAUUUAAUGAGGCGGACAACAAAACAGAAGUAAACUGCUGCGUCAGCAUCUGUUCACAUGUUUAAUAUAAGACAGGACAAAUCAGCCUGAGACUGUUGGAAAAAGACCUCGAAAACAAAGAAAGGAAGAAAUAAGUCAAUGCUUUUUCCCCCGCACAUGAUGCUGGAGUCUUGUAAUGUCUGAGCAACAUCCAAAGUUUAUACUAUUGCUGAGACAUGGUUAUAAAUACACAGGACAAACACUCUCAGGAGGUUGCAUAAUGAAGAGCCUCCUUUCCUCAUUUUUACCAUUCUUCAUGUGUGGUGUUGAGAAUGGACGUAUACGGCCAUUCACCUGACAGCUGCUUCCACUGUUUACACCAGGGAAAAAAAAGGUGUACUCGUAGGGCUUUUCAUGACUGCUGUAUCCCACAUAAAGAGGCAAACAAAGGCACUUAUACACGUUAGUAAAUCACAGACAUGUUUAAUCAUGAGUUCAGUGUUAGAGGAGAAAUGGAGGAAAAGAGGGAGGCCAAGCAUCACACCUUUUGAUGGAUAAUAAAUUCCCUGAGGAGUGAAAAUUGAAGUGUUUGUGUUUUUUCAGUUUUUUUUGACAGAUGCAAAGAUAGGCAGAAAAAGUAAUGCAGUUUAUAGGACUUAGAGUUAGUUUGAAACAGUUUUAUGGUGACAUGUCUGAUAAUCAACUACAGAAUUUAAAGGAGUAUUCAGUAUAAAAUAUGACUGUUUGCAAUUUUUUAAUGGCUGUUGACAAGAUGCAAAAGCAUCUGAAGUUACAACCUCGUGUUACAUCACUGCAUGUUUUUAGGGACUGAACUAUUUUUGGUGGUGGAAGAUGUAUGUGGGCUCACUGCCUUUCUUAAAAAAAGAUGCUGCUGAUUGUGGAUUUUGUCAUAUAAAUACAUCAUGACGCAAGAGGGUACAAAGGAAAAACAUUCAUGAAAGUCAACAUGGGAACGUGACAGAGGUAGAGAAAAGGUACAUUUUCAAUGCAAACACUCUGCGAUUCUUUCUCUGUUUGUUUGAGUUAUUUGGGCGACCUGGUGGCUCCAUAGGAAGGGUGGGCACUGUGUGUUCUUAGGGGGACUUUCUGUGCAGGGAGCAGGUCAGGGGCUCGUGACCUGGGUCACUACAGGAAGGACGUGGUAAGUACAAGCAUCCGCUGCUGCCGCUGCUACUCCUGACGUCCCUGUGGGACGAGGUGCAGGAGUGCAGAGGGUGUUUCAAUCAGAUGAAUAUGAUAUAUUACUGAUGCCCUGAUCCAUGUUCCUCUUCUGGUAAGAUAUUAAAUAUUAACAAAACCAGAAGAAAAACUUGAUCGAUCUUUUACAGGCUGACAUCUUUAUUCUGUAUAUUCAUCAGUACCAGUCGGGCUUAACCUGCACUUAUUUACAUUUACUAAUUUGGAAUUUAUACAGAGUGCAGGUGUCACUAAUGUAAAUGCAAUAAUUUGGUCAUAAAACAGAUACGACUGAGGUUUGGGGUUAUCUCAGUGAUAUGAGAUUUUCAACCUAAGGGGUCAUGGAUCUCUGAAUAAGACUGAUUGACGUGAUGAAGUGUUCAACACUGAGGAUGACAUAAUGAUGAAGCAGAGACCACUCAGUGUUUGGGGUUAAAAACAACUGGUCUGUUGGUUUAAAAAUGAUCCAUCACACACAUCUCAGUAUGUGCAGGCUUGAGGCAGUGGAUCUGUUGCUCUUGAAAAAAUAGAUGGUGUACCUCAGGGCUCUCUAUUAGGUCUACUGUUUUUUUUAUUUUUUAAUCAAGGUUAUAAUUUUGUGGCAUCAUAAUUGGUCUAGAGCCAUUCAAUUUAUUUUUCAAAGGGAUGUUGCCCCUCAGAGUGUACUGCAUAACAACAGAAAUGUAAACACAAAAUGAAGAGAAAAACACACACGUUUCUUACAGUCGAACACCGUUUGUGCAGCUGUUUGAUCUUGUUGCAAUGAAAAUGCGCAGGAUCCUGUUAUUUACUGCUCUGCUCUAUUGUAGUACCAGGCUUCCUGUCAUUUACAAAGUGCUUUUGAUACUAAACAAGACCCCCUCCUGUGGAGACUGUUAUCAUUGGAGCUUUGAGGUUCAUUACAAAUCGGAAGUUUUUCACUCUUCAUCGAGUUGGCCGGGAAAAGGGUUUUAGGCGUACAGUUCCUGCCAUCUGGAAUCUGCUUUUGGAGGAUUUGGGCUGGAUCUGGGUUUUGCCAUCCAAUUGAUCUUUUAUUCCACAUAGCGUUGCCAAUUUAUGAAUAUACCAACAAACAUGACAAAUCACAGGGUGAUAUAAUAUCACAAGAAUUAGGCAUGAUGAGUCGAACAACAUGUUUCUGGUGCUCUUAUCACUGCACCAGCCAUCUACCCAAUACUGAUAUUUAAUGACCUGCAGACUGUGGAUUUUAAUGUUAGAAAAUGCAAAUUUCUAAGCAAAAUGAGUCUUUGAUUUUAUGUUUAAUUCAGGUAAAACAUCAUUUUUCUUUCUGUUCAUCCAGGGUGGAGCAGGCAGAUCUGACUCUGGUGGUUGUGGACUGUUCUGAUCUCCCAGCUGACACACAACAGGCAGCAGACUUCCUUCAGGGACACAUCAAGACUGUUCUGCCCACCCAGGAGUCCUCAGAAACAGGUGAGACACUAAGUGUCAGAUAUGCCAUAUUUCUAAACCUCUAGAAGAACAAUAAAGAAAAGCCUAACUGUAAGGUUGAACAUAUAACUAAGAUUUGAAAUGGUCAAAGCUUGAGAGUUUGAAUUUUACUGAGACAUAAGGUGAUCAGUUGUAGCUGCAAAAUUUGAAAAUCCAGGAGUAACUCAACUUCUUUUGUAGAAAUAAAGAAGUGGUCCAGAUGUCACAGGCUGUAAAAACAGCUUAAAAGCAUCAGGAGAACUGAAAUAGAAACCUCUGAAAGUUUUUUGCCUCCAUUCCUCUCUAUAGAGUUUCCCACAGACAGGUUUCUCCUGGUGCUGAAUAAAACAGACCUGUUGCCAGAUGAGCAGAAACAGAAGCUGGACAGAGAGCUGAGACGGGUCCCUGGACUCCCCUCAAUGAGUCUGAUCUCCCUCCACAGCAAUGAAGGACUGCAGGACUUUCUCACAGAGCUCCAUGGCAGUGUCAGAACUCUGUGAGUGAACACAACUCAUGUUUUUUUUUUUGUUACUUCUCUCUUUAGCUGCAAAAAGUUAAUAAUCGCAUAAACAUUUCAGUAAUUUUUCAGGCAGAAAUGAAAAGUAUCUUCUGGUUUCUGCUUCUUACACAUGAGAAUUUGUUACUUUACUGUGUCAGUCAAGCAAAUGUUGGAGUUCAUUGCUAUAAGUUUGGAAAUAAUCGAAGCUGAAUCUUUGGGCUCUGGUUGUAAAAAGGUUUCGUAAAAAUUAAUUGUCAUUUUGUAUGAAAAAUAAAGUAAUGGAUUCAUGUGAAAGAUGUUUUUCCUCAUAAUCAGCGACUUUAAAAAGUGUGGUCGCGGCCCUACUUUGCCCUACUUUCGCUCCUAAAGUACAGGUUUUUGGGUCAGAUAUUAUAUGGGUCACUGCGUCAUCUGGGUUUUGAAAUCCCACUUAAGGGCACUUAAAAAAACAGGUUUGUUUUGCAACAUGGAGUUUUAUAAGUGGGGGUUUAUUUUUUUUGUCAUAUUUCCCUCUUUUCGAGUGAAAAAAGAAAAACAAUAUGUGUUGAUUGUUCUGGUUCAUUUUGUUCUCCAACAUCCUCUGUAGGUGUGGUGACCCUCUGUCUGGUGCCCCCACCCUGACCCAGGCCCGCCACAGGGCCCACCUGCAGCAGUGUUGUGUAAGGCUGGCACAGUAUCACCGGUACCGUGACACUGACCUCGCUCUGGCCGCUGAGGGGGUCCGGUUGGCUCUCACCAGCCUGGGCCGGAUCACCGGACGGGUCGGGGCGGAGGAGAUCCUGGAUAUCAUCUUCAGAGAUUUCUGCAUUGGGAAAUAG